UGCAGGAGCUCAGAAGCUCAGAGACAAAAUGUCUGUUGUCGAGUCACUCCAGCAGUUUUCCAGCACAGGUACAUUACUGGGAGCUUUACUGUUGCUUCUGGGUUUGUAUUUGCUUUCCUCUGGAUCCAAAUCUCAGAAAGAAGGGAAAGAGCCACCGGGACCCAAACCACUGCCGCUGUUGGGGAACCUCUUGAACCUUGACCUCACACGACCCUUUGACAGCUUUUGUGAGCUCUCCAAAAUUUACGGGAACAUAUUCCAAGUGUUUUUGGGUCCCCAAAAAACUGUGGUCCUAGUUGGAUACAACACUGUCAAAGAAGCUCUAGUGAAUCAUGCAGAAGAGUUUGGCGACAGACAUAUUUCACCUAGUUUCAGGAUGCUGAAUGAGCAUGGGAUAAUCUUUUCCAAUGGAGAGAACUGGAAAGAAAUGCGACGCUUCGCUCUCAGCAACCUUCGGGACUUUGGGAUGGGCAAGAGAGGAAGUGAAGAGAAAAUCAUAGAGGAAAUUCAGUAUCUGAAAGGAGAGUUUGAUAAGUUUGAAGGAAAACCCUUUGACACGACACAGCCUGUGAACUACGCUGUUUCAAACAUCAUCUCAUCUAUCGUGUACGGCAGCAGAUUUGAAUACACUGACCCUCGAUUCACUGAAAUGGUCAACAGAGCAAAUGAAAAUGUUCGGGUUAGUGGAUCAAUUUCUAUGUUGCUUUACAACAUAUUUCCAUGGUUGGGUCCAUUCCUGAAAGGCAAAAGGAUUAUUGUAAAAAAUAUGAUCCAAAAUAGAGAACAGGUGAUGAAGUUGACCAAAGCACUUCUGGAGACUCUGAAUCCACAAGACCGCAGAGGAUUUGUCGACUCAUUUCUCAUCCGCAAACAAAACGACAUGAAAUCUGGCAAGAAGGACUCAUAUUUUAAUGAGAAGAAUCUUAUGGUGUCUGUGACAAAUCUGUUUGUCGCUGGUACUGACACCACAGGAACGACUCUGCGCUGGGGUUUGAUGCUUAUGGCCAAAUACCCUCAUAUACAGGAUCGAGUUCAGGAGGAGAUUGACAGAGUGAUCGGUGGACGUCAGCCAGUGGUGGAAGACAGAAAGAAAUUACCAUAUACAGAUGCUGUGAUUCAUGAAACCCAGAGACUGGCAAACAUAGUACCCUUGAAUCUCCCUCAUAUGACCAGCUGUGAUGUUACCUUCAAUGGAUACUUCAUCAAGAAGGGCACCACUGUAGUUCCUCUGCUGACGUCUGUUUUGAAGGAUCCAACCGAAUGGGAAAAACCAAACAGUUUUUACCCAGAACACUUCCUUGAUGAGAAGGGCCAGCUUGUGAAAAGAGAUGCUUUCAUGCCCUUUUCUGCAGGCCGCAGGAUGUGUCUUGGGGAGAGUUUGGCCAGGAUGGAGCUCUUCCUGUUCUUCACUUCCCUCCUUCAGAGCUACCGCUUCACAACUGCACCUGGAGUGUCUGGAGAUGAGCUGGAUCUCAAAGGAGUAGUCGGAAUAACGUUGAAUCCGUCUCCACACAAGCUGUGUGCGAUCAGACGCUCCUGAAUGAUAAAAAUAUAAUUUUCAAAGAAAAAAA